AUGCCUCCCAAGAAGUCCUCAGACACAGGAACCCUCUCCGACACAGAGAUGCGCUUCAUCAAGGCUCUGUUCGACAACAUGACCCAGAAGCCCGACACCGACUGGGACAGGGUCGCCGACGCCCUCGGGCUCAAGGACUCCAAGUGUGCCAAGGAGAGAUGGCGUCAGAUGUCGAUCCGCCAUGGCUGGCGCACCGACCCUUCCUCGUCUGCCGGUGCGGGGGCUAGUCCUCGCAAGGCCGCCGCCGCCGCCGACAAGGUUGCCAAGAAGCCGGCUACGCCACGCAAGAAGGUCAAGAAGGAGGAAUAUGCUGGCUUCGACACUUCUGAAGAUUUCAUCCCGGGAGAUGCCCAUGGAGAAUCCGGAGACGCCCAGCAGACGGUGGCCAGCAAGGGUUUAGACAGUGAUGGCCAGAUUUAA